AUGCGUGAAGUUGGAGAUGGCUUCUUUCUACCUACAGAAAUUCACCAGAAAUUAUACCCAUAUCAAUUACAGGGCAUACUGUGGUUCUGGCGCCUGCAUCAGCAGGGGAAGGGAGGGAUUCUUGGUGAUGACAUGGGGUAGGUGUCUACCUUCUCAAGCCUGAUAGUAAAGGCUGAUUUGUGUAUGUGCAUUAUAAUGAAUUUGAGUGGCGACCUUUGUCAAGUGGUCUGUUAAUCCAUUACAGAUUGUCUGUUUAUUACAUGCCAGGUAUGCUACAAUCUUGGACAAAACUGUUGAGAAAAUUGUAUACUUGGAAAGCAUUUUUCUAAACAUCGUAGCUUUACCGGUUCUUCCCUCUCCCCCUUCCCCUGAAAGCAUAUUCAAAAGAAAGCCUGAUCCUUGGACGUUUGUGGAAAGCAACAUUGAAUUGGGGGAAGGGGUUUUCUUUUCGAAAUAGUUUUGUUGCGUAGGAAAGUGGACAUGAUGGGUAAAACUUUCUCAAGUGGUUUUGUCCGGGAUUGUAGCUUACAAGCUCAAAAACCAUGUUAAAAUGACACUGUAAGAUCAAAGAGAUGAAAAACUUAAUACUGGUACAAUUAAAGCAAUAGUAGAGAUCUUAACCUCUCUAACACUAAUUGGCUAUUGUACAAGACAUCCCAAGAAAUCAACCAACAUUUCACAACUCACCAAUGGUUUCCCUGCGAAAAUAGCUCCUGAGGAAUGAGUGCAGAAAUUCAAUACUGUUGACUUUUCACUACCCUGAUCUGGGUACUGACUCUCCUAUUGGUUGAAAAUUUCCUUCAAUUUCGCAGAUGUCAUGUGGGGAAACUGUUUGUGGAAUCACCUGUAGCCAUGGCAUUUUUGCAGACCAGACAAUUUAUUUUUACCAGUAGAUCUAUUUUCCCACAAAUUUUGAAUAUCAAAGAAGUCUUACAAAUUAAUCAGUCAUCAAAACCACAGACUAGAAAAUAGUUUUUCUGGUGUUUGAUAGCAUCUAGUUCUCCUUUUUGUAAUAGUCGUACUAUUCUUUUUUUCAAAGUUAGCAAACUUUAUUACAAAAGAAAAAACAGGCAACAUGCAUUAUAACAGUGCUUACGUGAAUGAAAUAUACAAACAAACAAAAAAACAAAAAAAUACAUGUAUAUGUACCAUUUGCUAUAAUACUGUUUACAAUUUCAAAAAACUAAGUUAUUGGUCUACAAUAAUUGUUGCACUAUGGAUGUGCAAGCAUAGAGAACAGAACUUCCAUUUUCACAGGAAAAAGUGCUGAAAAAUGGUGCUAAAAAUAACUUGAUCUGUGAAAACACUGUUGCAAAGCCUAAGUAUGCAAGGGAGUAGCACUCCCCGGGUUAUGGGCUCCUAGCAUCACGUCACAAAAUGUCAGCUGUUUCCUCAGACUAUGAAACAUACUCUGACAGUACAUCUACCUAACGUUGUUUGCAGAUUAGGAAAGACUGUUCAGGUCAUAUCAUUCCUAGCAGGCAUGUUUGAUGCAGGAUUCAUCAAAUCAGCUCUGAUUGUGAUGCCAGUGUCACUAUUGUCAAAUUGGGAGAAAGAGUUUAAUAAAUGGUAAGACAUUGACAGAGCAAUGUACACCUCCCCCCCCCCCCCCCAUGCCACCAUUUCUUUGUCUUUCCCUCCUGUUAAUGACUGGGAAUACAUGUAUCCCCUGGUUAUACACCUGUAGGUAAUUAUUACUAAUAGAUACUGUAAAUCCUCUAUUGAGCCCCCCGGGGGCUUAUUUAUUUCAAGCCCAUUUGAGCAUGGAGGGGGGCUAGCCUGCAGACACAGACGUAUUUCCGGUUGUCGCUUCUCUCCACCCGUGGAGCGUAGAGAAGCGAUGACUGGAAAUACGUCUGUGUCCGCAGGCUAAGGGGGAAGGGGCUUAAUAGACAUGGGGUCCUAUUUACUUUAGAAAAGAUGGUGGUAUUAGUUCUCCUUAAAGAGCUAGAAUUCAAAGUGGAAAAGCUCAAGUACAAGAAGGUUGGAGGUCAUGCAGCCGAGAAUCAGAAUCAAAUCUGAACUUCCAAUUGGUAAAUAAACCAUCCCAGAUCAGUUCACACUAAGUUUUAUAAUCGUGAUUGAUUAAUGCAGUCUAUCAUUUAUUAGUGAAGAAUAACUAGGGGAGGGGAGGGGAGGGGAGGGGGGUUAAUGGAGUGGGGGGCUUAUUAAUUAUCUUCCCCGUGAAAAGGGAGGGGGGCUUAUUAGAGGGAGGGGGCUUAUUUGAGAGGGAGGGCUUAAUAGAGGAAUUACGAUAUGCAUUAUUGACCAAGCGUUAGGUCAAGACGGCUGGAUUUUGGCCAAGUUCUUUUGUGUGUAUUUAUGGACUGAGAUGAAGUCAAGGUCAAUAAUAAAACAAAAAAGAACAAGGGUGAUAUAAAGCCAUCUUGACUGAACAAGCUUGGUCAAUAAAGGAUUUAUUUUAUGACCACAGAGAGAAAAUUUUCCUUGCGGGACGAACGCGGGAAAUCCCGAGCGACUUAUCUUAACCGCUCGCAGAUUCAGCCAUAUAAGGUUGUGAUAAGCCCUCCCUCACUCUGAUAUAAGCUCCUCAGAAAUAAGCCCACCAAAAGUCCUUUACCACUUUGUAUAAGCCCAGGGUUUAUGGCUGGGAUUUUAUGUAUAUGUAGAGGUUACAAUCCUUUAAUUUUCAGGGCUCAAAAUUGCGACUCACUGACUAGUCGCCAGUACGACUAAAAAUUGAGCACUGGCAUCUGCUCUUUUAAGACCUGGUCACCAAUUGUCGAUUAACCUCAUGUUUCGAUAAGAUACCCCCUUGACCCGAAUCAGUCUCUAUGAAUCAUAAUACAAUAUGUAGUAAAUGCGUUUCCUAGCGUAAAACAAAGUAUUGAGUACUCUGUGUUGUCUUGCAACUCAAACACUGCGCAAACGAAUUACUGUUUAGUAAAUGAAAUGAAGCAAAGAUAAAACAAGACUAACAACGUAUGAAUCUAGACUACCAUUGUCACGUCAAUACAGAGAAAUCAAAGGAAGACUAUACAAAUAUCGUGCAAAUGACGAACUGGUGUACUAAGAAACAGAGCAAUAUCUAUAGCCUUACAUUGUAUGAAAUAAAUAAACAACAUAUUAGGAUAAAUCAAGACUAACACGGUCACACCGUACGAAUGAACUGAAGUACGGGGAAACUUAAAAAGAGGAAGGAACUGACCUAAAGGGAAACGAAAAAGGAAUGUAAGAAGACAUACAAGACGAUUAAACAUUGUUAAAGGAGCACACUGACAGACAGUGAAACGUAGACGACAAGACUAACAUCGUGCGAACAUUCUGACGUACACUGAAUGAAGAAAUAUUCAGAAGAAGACAAGGAUAACGUACAAACGAACCUACAGGUAAAUAUAAAAAAAGCGAAAAGCAACAUCGUACGAAGGUAACUCAUUGAAGAAAUUGAUCGACACAUCGAAUAUCAUAGUUUACGAUAUGGCGAAACUGUGAAACUUGAUUGUAGGGAUAUUGUAUGGAGACCUUUCCUUGGAGUACGAGUAUUUCUGAAUAAAACGUGGGAACUGUUAUAAAUUCUUUCUCAGAUUUUACAAGGUCUUCAAGAAACGAAUAAAAUAUGGAGCUCGUCAGUGUACUAGGAUUUUCUUCUGGUAUAACAACCAUACCACUUUGAAGUCAAACUGGUACUUUACAAUUUUGAUUUGUCCACCAAGUAUUUUCCUCUUGUCGCCAGCUGACGCCCAAAUGAAUGAGGUCAAUUUUGAGCCCUGGACUUUUCUCAAAAUGAUAAGUUACAUGCAUGGAUCUUCACUUCAAAUACGGUGAAUUCUUGACAACCUCAUACAAUCUCAUUAAGAAGAGAAACAAUUUGGCUUCCCAGUGAUUGUAUUUUUGAUAUCCUCAGGGCCCCUGGAAUUCGUGUUAAACUUUUUCAUGGAUCAAACAAGAAUGAGAGGGAAAGAAACCUUCAUAAAGUACAGCGAAGAACGGGUGUGUGCCUGACAACAUAUGGUAAGAUGAUCAAGUUUUUUAUCUGUCCUCAUACAGAUAAUAUGUUUUUCCCUUGAUAACUUACAAAGUUAAAUGUCUUUGUAUGUGUAUGUUUCUCUUAUUAUCAUCUGUAGGGCUAAUUCAAACAAGCUACGGGGCUCUAGCAAGAACAUCGUCUGGAAACACGUUUACAUGGGUGAGUCAUAUGGACUACUAAAGUUUUCUUUCCUUUCUAUUUUAGGGAUAAAAGCAGCUAUUGCAUCAUAAUCUUCAUCAUCAUCAUUAUCACAUAAUUUAUGUCAUAAUUAUCUUCAUCACAUUGUCAUCGUCAUCAUUGUCUUCAUUAUCAUCAUCACAUCAUCAGUGUCAUUAUCUUCGUCCUCAUCAUCAUCAUCAGUCCUUUUUUUUUUCUCAAACAUACAUGUAGGUCCCAAUGCUACUAACGCUCACUAUCUGACUCAUCAUUGUCUUCAGUUCCUACUACUGUAGACAGACAACUAAAAGAAUUUACAAGGAAUGAUUAUAGAUAAACAGUACAUACAGUAUUCGGACACCCAAAAUAACUGAAAAGCUAAACUAGUUGGGUGACCGUAAUUAUAAUAAUUAAAAAUGUGAAAAGUCAGGAAAGAGGCACAACAAAUACAUUUCAAUGCUAUUGUGAGUAGUGACUUUUACAUGUACCAACAUAAGGCCUAUUUCCGUAUUUUCUAGCAUCCCUAUGCACCUGACAUCCCUCUGCCCGAUCUUCACACACACUUUUGGCGACAUUGGUUAUAUUUGUUCUUCAAAGCUAGAACUGUUGUUUGUUUAUUCUGUCAUUUUCAAGGACUAUAUCAUUUUGGACGAAGGCCACAAGAUUAAAAAUCCGUCCAUGAAAACUAGCAAAAACGUCCGUGAAGUUCCUGCAAAGAAUCACUUUAUCUUAACAGGCACACCAGUGCAAAACAAUCUCAGGGUAAGUAGCCUGUGUGUGAUAGUGAGAUGAAGGGGUGGGGAGGGUAGGAAAAUAAGUAAACGGUGACCACAACAGUGUCUGAUAUGUUUAAACCAUGUUUUUAUGAGGAACAACCGAGACGACAUCGAAAUGACGUGGCAAUAUGGCAGGUACCACGGGUUACAAACUUGAAUGAAAGCACUUUUACGUACGAGGCAUCAUGUAAGACACUGAAUGACUGUAUGAUCUGCUGUGGGCCAUUUUCUCGACUCCAAGUACCAGAAUUCAUUUCGUGUUUGCUUUUUAAAUUUCAUUUUGCGAUUGUCCAAUUAAAAUGCUUCUAGAAACCGUAUGGUUGAUAAGAAGAACUGGUUAGGACCAGUAAUUCAAGCUUUGUUUGUUGCCGUCGUUGAACCUCUGUGACUCCCAACGUGAGACAAGCGUGGUGUUUAGGGAGGAGCACUUUCCCUCCCCCUUUUCUUCCCCCUUCUUUCUGUCAGUCUGCUCGCACUUUUUUACCUUUUUCUACGUGCCCUGUUCCCCCUCCAUAUAGGUAACAUGGAAACGUAUUGUCAAUCUCAUCACAACGUCUUCUUCUUUAUCACCAGGAAAUGUGGGCGCUGUUUGACUUUGCGUGUGAAGGAAAACUGCUUGGCUCCUCACGAACAUUCAAACAAGAAUACGAAAACCCGAUUGUCAGGGUGAGAACAUGUCUGUUUUACUUUGCAGUGAGAUUUCUAAAAGAGCAACUCCAGUCGGAAAAGUUCGUAAGAUCGUCGGGAUCGAGCGUUUACCGGUACAUGUACGUUUACCGGUAUAUGUACUGAGGGGGCAGACGUCGGCGUGACAAUCUUACGCAAAAAAAGGGGGACUGUGAACAGUCUAUGACAAACGAUGUUUGCGGAAUGUAAUUUGACCAUCCAGGGUAUAAUUGCUGCGUUAAAAAUGAUAAAUUUGUCGCCAAGGGACUCUAAAAAAAACUUGGUUCUGUUCACUUUUGUUUCUUUGUAAUGGUAUACAUUGUACAGUCAACUCUCCUAAAAGCCAGGACACAUCUUUGAGGCUGACAUGCCCAAAAAACGGACACCUACAGUCGGUCCCUACCUAUUGACCUUUUGAGGUUCAGAAUCCCAUGACGAUUGGUCAGUGUUGUGUCUAAUUGCACCUUGGGACGGUUUGGGGAUGCUAUCACUUCUUUCAUUGGCUGCUACGAAGUUGCGCCGGACACUGGGUCAAAAGGAUCCCAUAGUUCAUUUGGACACAACGCUGUCCUAGUCCGCCGAGCCUAAUGGGAAUAUGAACACCUCACAAUGACAGACACUUAGUACUCGCAGGAGCCGAUAUAGUAAUCGGCUCCUGGUACUCGUCGUUGCCACUCUUCAAUAGAGAGCUUUAGAUUCUAAGACGAGUACGACUACGAGUACGCGAUUUUCUCAAAACUAAGUUGUGCGCGCGCGUGAACCAGGGUCAGUUUGGCGGGAAAACGUGAUAGUCGUCGCCAUUCUAUUACGAGUUUUAGCUAGAAUGUCGUGUUAGUGGACACAAGUCAUAGGGUGUUACAGGUUUUAUUAUUUUGCGGCUGGGAGAUAACACUGCUAUUUUUUUUGGUGAAAAAGAUAUACAAUGAAGCUGUCCGGGGUGUCUAUUAUUUGAGAAUACGCGAAAAAACUUUAAGUUAAAUCUCGUACUCGUAGUCGUUGUCGUCCUAGAAUCUAAAGGUCUCUAAUAUAUUCUUGGAUUCUUUAUAAGACGUACACUUCUUGUUUAGUGGCGGUCCCUAACAGCGUCCACCGUCUGGAGUUUACUGUAUAUACAUUAAAAAAAUUGUCUACCUCUAACAUUUAACAAAGAAUUUUUUAAGACAACAACGCGACAAUCUGGCUUACACUCUUUGAUAUUCCUGGUUUUCUAAAAACAAGUUAAGUGAUGUGGGAUAAGUUGUCAAAAGAUUCAUUGUAACCUAUUUGGUCGUAGGCAAGGGAAAGAGACGCCAGUGCAUACGAAAAACGCAUUGGAAUGGAGAUGUCAGAAAGCCUACGUAAGCUCAUAGAGCCUCAUUUUUUGAGAAGAACGAAAGCUAUGGUGUUGGAAAAGAAGAAAAAGGCUUCUGAUGAUGUUGAUGGCUCUGAAGAAAAAGAGAAUCGGCGAGAAGGCGGUGCUAGGUACAUGAAUUCUCGUUGUUUGUGUUUGUACGUGGGUUCAUUCUGAUUUAAGAAAGGGCCCCUCAUUACGUUCACUCGGCUGUAACAAUUGGUAAAUUUGCUAAUAAUUGACGUAGAUAUCAUUUAGUGCAAAGGUUGAUCAAGUUGAUUGACCUGGGAAUAUAUCGUGUCCGCACUAAUUCUUUCAUUUAUGGCCAGAAACGAUAUUUAUUCGUUUAUGAACUUGUUGGCUCUUGGAGAAGUUUUUAAAUUUCUAAUCGCUACAUCGCUCUCGAAGUGUGGACGGGAUGGAAGCCGUAAAGACAUACGUUGGGCCACAAUUUUACUUUGCUUUUGCGAAUUUUGCAAUUGCUUAUCCCCUACUUAUCAUUCCUGUUUCCUUUCCUUUCAGAAUGCCACAAUCGCUAACGCGAAAGAACGACCUAAUUAUCUGGCUCCACAUGUCUGAUACCCAGCAGAAAAUAUACAAGGACUUUCUAGGUCUUGAAAGAGUGAAAGAGGUAUGUUUUUAAACAAUACCAGCACACUUCCUUUUAAUACAACUGAUAAUUAUUCCUCACAGGGAUAUGAUACAGUAAGUCAGACUAUAUUUCCUUUCGAGUGAGCAAUUCGACCUUUUUAAACUCCAAGUUUUUAGUCAAUUCUAAUUCCCGCUUGCGCGUUUUUUGCGGGUAAAACGCUCCAAUCACAUCAGUCUUCAACCCUUGACGAUCACUUAAGGCUGGCUGUCACUAGCGACGGUCACUAGUGACAACCGGCCUUAAGUGACAGCCGACGGAGUGAGUCGGAGUCGUAAAAGGAGUCGUUAGAACACUUAUGACCUAAUAAUGCAAAUAGAAAGUCAAAGUUGUAAACGGAGUCAUACGAUUGAAUCGGAGUCGAAAGGACGUUUCCAUUUUCUUCCGACUGCGUUUAUAACCCCUUUGAUUACGAGCCAGUGAGUCGGUAUCCUGUGUACAGCCGCUCCCUCCCUUUGUUGUAGGGGAGGAAGCCUGUACACAGGUUAGGACUUGGUUGAGAAGGGGAAGGAUAAGCCAAUCACAAUGCUCGUUCCCACGCUUUGUGAUUGGUUUAGUUUUUCUGCUACUGCUGCGACUCCGACAAACUACUUUUCACUACCGUCUCCCCUGCCCCCCCGAAAACAGGUGUUAGCAAUGAUUGUCGUGGUAGUGUGUGUGUGUUGAGGGGAGGGGGUCCGCCCCGUUUGACAGUUGAGAUGGCCCCCUCACAAUAAUUUUUCCUCCGUUCUCUUUUCACUCUUUCAGUUGUUGAUGAGUACCCGUUCACCAUUAGCUGAAUUGAAUGUUUUAAAGAAGAUUUGUGAUCAUCCCCGCCUGCUUUCCACUCUUGCCUGUGAGCAGCUGGGAUUGGAUGAAGAGGACAGGUUUGUUACGGCAUUUCAGCCCCUGAAUCGAAAUCCAUUAAUGAAAAAAAGAUCAAACUUUAUUUUUUUAACCUGUGAGAAACAAAUGCAGGAGCGUAGCUAGAAAUAUUCCAGACGUACGCACAGUUUUCCAUAUCAGCCAUACAUGGUCUCCCAAAUCGUAUUCACGCCGGUGAUUUUGUUUUGAAAACAUUAUCUGAAAACAAUAAAAACGGAGUUACAUUCGCCACAGUAGAAACGAGGAAAGUGGGCCGAGUUAACUUUCGCAAAGACUUCUGGGACUGUUGCUUAGGACAGGGAAAAAAAUUGUCCAAUAGCAGCAAAUAACUGAGCGGCGCGUCCCCAGUAACGAUCCCAGAAACAAUUGCGGGCGCGUUUCUGCUCCAGUUCCCCUCUCGUUUCUAAAGUGGUGAACGAAUUGACAGUUACAGUCAAGUCCAUUUAUAGCGGACACUGUAGGGACCUCGAGUUAGUGUCCUCAUUAGCGAGAGUCCGUAUUUGCGGGAGUUUAUUUCAGUCAAGCGUCUGUAGAUGAUUUUUUCCUGGGAUUUAGCUUCUGUCCGUAUUAUCAGGGUGUCCGUUAUAGCGAGGUGUCCGCAAGGAGACAGUUGACUGUAGACCGUUUUUCACCUUUCCCUUAUUUACCGUUAUGUUCCUUUGCCUAUACUUCGACAUUUUGGUAGGUACGCACAUGCGUAUUGGUAUACAGAUAGCCACUUCCCUCAAAGAGCAUCAUUUAACAGUUCUACCCGAGAGGUUUCGUUUGAAUGGUACAUUCAGAAUCAAAAGUUAAAACUACUUAACUUCGUAGUUGACUGUACGAUUAAAGAGGUCAGGAGUCGCUGGCUCCUAACCCCUACGAACCGUCGGAGGACCGUCCGAACGAAUGUGUUUGCUAUGUAUAAGAGGGCAAGGGACGGGGUGAGACCCGGAAAUGAAUUCGGGCUGCCACCCAAACUCUAGUCCUCAAGCCCUAGACGUGUGAAAAUAAGCAAAUGUCGUAAUACCAUCGAGGUUCGCGUCAGUGACCCAAACUCUGCCUGAUCAUUGCUCCUACUCCUAAAAGAAAAGCGUUGAGUGAGUUUGUUUAAUGUUAGUUGAUUCACUGGACAACGAGAAACAUAAUCUAAAGAAAGAAAUCUUUGUCUCCCUUCUGCUGUGCAAAUGUUCUCUGAGUAUUUCGUAUUUGUUUUGUUCAUUUAGGCUCGUUGAGCUGGACUCAGCCGCUGACCAAGAUGGACCAUCAUUUGCCACCCAGCCAAAAGGCUUGGGUCCUUCUGACAGGGUGCUCACACAGGAAUCAGGGAAAAUGGUCUUCCUGGUUUCCCUGUUGAAUAAUCUCAAGUCUGAAGGCCACAGGUGCCUGGUGUUCAGUCAGUCGCGAAAGAUGUUGGACAUUAUUCAGCGAGUUAUCACUCAUGGGGUAUGAACGUUAUCCUUUUUGACACCACAGUAAAAUACUACUGCGUAAAAUUUGUUUAUGAAGAGUCACUCUUCCACACUUCUUUAGCACCUCUAUAGACUGGGAAGUUUAUUUAGAAGAAGAACUUAGAACCACCAUGGAUGGCAUAAUGACCCUCCCAACGUAAAGUGAUAGUUGCUUUUUGGGAUUUGCCAACAGAAAGUAAUGGUCAGUAGCUUCCAUUUGCGCGUUGUAGGAUUCCACACCACACACGGACUUAAAGUUGCGUACCAGCGUUACGGCAGGGGAGGUUUGAGGGGGCGAAAAUGCAAGAGAGAAAAAGUGACAGAAGCAGUACUUCGCGUUUUCCGCCCUCUCCCGCUCUCGUUCUCGCUCUUCCAAAUCCUAUUAUGUAGGCUAAGAGUGCGGAAAAGGCACAAAAACAAGUAAAGUUCUUUUUAGAUGCUUUUACUUGAAGUAGAUGCUAAGGUAUUUACUCACAGCCUCAAACCAUAGAUCCUACAAAAGAUUAUAGGAAGAGACUCCGCCCUGAGGUCCAACCUCUUUCCCUUAAUGAUUGAUUUCCAUACCCUUUCAUAUACUUCCUUACCCUCUGAUAUACCUGAAGCCUGAAAAAGGUACCCCUUUCGGGCGGAGCCUCCCCGUAUAGGUCGUUAUAGGGUGUAACCCCCGAACUUUACGCCCAUUUAGAGCCGGUUCUAACAGUGCCCGCCUUAGGGCCUGUUUUACAUGGAGGUGGGGGACCCCAGAUAGGUGAGGUAACAUGUGGUGUGUCAUCCCACCUAUCAUGUAAACGUGAUCUAAUUAAAAUGACAUUAUAUGGACGGGCGGGUUACCCCACCUAAGCGGGUUACCUCACCUGCCUGGACUCCCCUGCCUCCAUGUAAGCAGGCCCUUAGACUGAGUUGUCCGAAACAGUUAACAGGUGUCUUAGAACUACGAAUUAUUUUUCUUGGUAGGGUCACAAAGUUCUUCGUAUCGACGGGACAGUAUCAAAGACUGCUGAGCGUCAGCAUUUGAUCAACACCUUUCAAACUGACCCAUCUUACUCUUGUUUCCUUCUCACCACGCAGGUUUGUAUCCCACACACAAAAAAGCAAUAUAAAUUUAUAUUUUAUCAGUGCCACAAAGUUCGUACGAGUCAUGGAAUUUAAAAAUUUCAUUUUUAAGGCUUGGAAAGUUAUGGAAUUUAAUUGUCGGUCCUUGAAAGUCAUGGAAAAUUAAAGUUUUGUUUGGUAGAUUAGAUACUGCGGAUGGCAAAGCAACAGGAUAAUGUAAGAUAAAGAGGGGUAAUUAAACAGCGCGAAUGGCACGCAUUUUGGUGGAUACCAGAGUUUGUUUCUGUUGAACUGUUUAAGGUCAAAAAAUAUGCUAAAACAAGUAAAGUGUUGAACGUUUUCGAAAAUUACAGCUGAACUUAAGGUCAUAGAAAACUAGAAAAGGUCGUAUUGGGGGCAAGGGAGCAGGAAUAGGAAUCAAGGAGAGAGGAAAAGUAAGGGCCUUUCUUCUCCGACCGUUUUGCCCAAUUCGUUGACUGUAGAUCCAACUUAGCUCUCGUCCUCGUUUCGUUUUAUAUCUGAUUUUCCUUGUCCGUAAGUAAUAACACCAAGAGUGUUGUUGACUACGAGGCAAUUGUAAAACAGUAGCCAAAAUAGAACCAGCAAAUAGCGGAUACAGGUAGACCAUUACCUUAAAUUCUCGAUUUUGUCUCUCCCGCACGCAAACCUCGGGUUAUGGAGACCAGCUUAUUUAUUUAUUUAUUUAUUUAUUUUUGUUUUCAGGUGGGAGGUGUAGGCAUUACACUGACGUCGGCUGAUCGCGUGGUUAUCUGUAAGUCCGUUUUUUCUGUACCAUGAUCAACAUUGCUUUCAGCCAAUCAGUUUUCGGAGCAAGCGCAACCAAAAUACAGCCUCAGCGCGCCUAAGAACACGUGACCCUCCCGUCAAAGUCGGGAAGUUGGGCGCACUAGGGCAUGUUACGUUUCCUUUCAGCUGCUUUGUUGAUUGCAAAAAUACAGCUUGUUGCUCAGGUUUCUAAGAGCUUAAGGAGCAUGGGUUGGCAGUUUCAUAGCUUGGACAGACAUACAUACGGUAUGCCACUGUGAUCGUUGCAGUGAAGCUUGAGGUUUUUUUCUCUGUUCGCUUAAGAAAUUCACCCUACCACCCGCAGUUGGUCAUUGUUCGUAACGCUUUUAAACGAAAAGUACAACACUGAGUGUUUUUUUGGGUCGGUGAUGAAAAAUCCUUAUUUCUUUACGCAGUUGAUCCCAGCUGGAAUCCGGCUACAGACGCGCAAGCGGUGGAUAGGUGAGAUUCUAGGAAGUCGGGUAGAUAAAGGUGGAUUUCCACUGUCGCGUAAUUUUUACGUGCGUACCGGCGUAAAUGAAAUAGAGUCUAUGUAUGGAAGGUGGUGCGUAAACGUAACAGUUGGACCUCGCUCAACUUUUAACGUAACGCGCGACCUUUUUAUUUCGCCUCUACUUUAUUGACGCACGUAAAUGUCACGCGCAUACGCAGUGACCAACGCGUUCGAAAUUCACGCGACAAACAUUUAAAUAUUUACCAUCAUUUGUUAACCCACUCGCGUUCUUAUACCACCAACGUGAAUAGCGAUCAGGUGAACUGGGCAAUCAGGUCUGGACGUGCUGUAAGUGGUACAAACCGUGUAAAACGCUGCAUACCACUUUUUCAAACGAUAUAUCUGGAUCAGUUCGCGUUUUCACUGAAAAAAAAAAGACCGAAGCCUUUAGUAUCAAAGGGUAUAUUUCAUCAUUUCCCAUCAUAAAUUUAUGACCAUUUGCCAAUGAAACACCCCUAUAUAAAGGAGGAUAGACGUGUCAGCUUCCAAGGCUAUCGCAAUGGGUAAACACUUCUUCAACCACAGCAACAGUAGUGAGCCCGUAGUAAUCAACUGUAACAUGCGAUGCUUGUCAUGUGAACCCUUUAAGCCCCAAUGGUGACCACAUCCAAUUUCUCUCAAUAUUAACACUGCCUGAUCAAACAGACUGGUUAUGAGAAUUAAUGAAAUGAUCACCAAAGAUGAAAUCUUGUGAUGUUAGAACAAAUUCUCUCAAGCAGUACCAUGGGGAAUGUAUGAAGAACAGUGUGGAGAUUCAGAAGAUGCAUGUCGAUGUUGGGGCUUAAAGGCUUAAAGGGUUAAAACACUUUCUACUUCAACGAGCAAUUUCUGUCAUAGCUAACCACUCGAGCUGGUUUUUUAAACAGAGUAUACCGCAUCGGACAAAAGAAGACUGUAGUGAUUUACCGGCUCAUUACAUGCGGCACUUUGGAGGAGAAGAUCUACAGAAAGCAGAUUUUUAAAGACGCGCUCAUGAAGCAAACCACCGGUGUUUCCAAGAAUCCUUUCAGGUAAAUGUGAUGUUACACGGAACGAUUCGCAACGACGAUUUUUAGCGCAACGCAGCCUUUCAAUGUUGGAAUAAUGUUGCAACGCUGUGUUGCGCUAAAAAUCGUCGUUGCGAAUCGUCUCGUGUAGCAUCACCUUAAUAUUACGGUACACACUUUAGGGUCAUAUUCACUAAUACUGGCCAGGUCCUCAGAGCGCAAGAUAAAGCAAAUACUGUGUUCUCAUUGGCCAUCCCGGCGAGCGAUCAAACCCGCUUUUUUUGCCACACAUAAAAUUAUCUUUUAACCAAUCUUGUGUGAUCAAGAUGGCAGAAGGUUGCGUUCGUUGAUUUUGCUACGAAGCCAGUAUUCCGCCAUCUUGAACUCACUCGUGCGUGUAGAUUUAUACAUAACACUUAACGAUAAGUAAAUUUUUGUAAAAAAAAAUGUCACUUAAUAGGAAGAGCUGUAUUGGCGUUUUAAUAGGUUGUAUACUGUGAAAGGUUUGAACUCAGGAGUCAUUUCCUAAGUAGGUAGGGUAUGAUGGUCUUGGUGAAUGUAGUCGUGAAUAGGACUGUUGUUGACAGUAAGUAACGUUUUGACAACCUGUGCGGUAGUCAUCUUCAGAGUCAAAAUGAGUUGUGUCACGGCAGGUGAUGGUAAUAAACUCUUGUUAUUGACCUGAUUGGUCAAUUAAGUCGCGAUGUUAUUGGUCGUCUGUCAGUUAAGCCGUGAUGUCAUGGGCUGUAAGGAUUCAAAAUGUCAUUGGGUGUUUCGAUCCGUCUAUUGUCACAGUUUAUACAUGUAUACUAUAUACUAAAUGUACUAAAAGCAGUUAUUCUAACGGUGAUUUUUUUGUGUGUAACUUUCAGGUAUUUUACAAAUCAGGAACUUCGAGACCUUUUUACGUUGGACGAUCCUUACACAUCUACAACGCAAAUGCAGCUGGAACAAAUGCAUGCGCAUCACAGGAAAACUGAUGCAGAGCUGGACAAGCAUAUUGAAUUCAUUCACACGCUGAGUAAGUUCAAAUGUGACCGUCUGUCAGUGAUAACGCCAUGCCAACUCAGCUCAAUUAUAUCUUAUUAUAUGCCUGAAUCCGCGAGCGGGCAAGAUAAAAAGAAUCCAGCGUUCUGAUUGGCUACCCGAACAGGCAAGAUGAACAGAAUCCAGCGUUCUGAUUGGCUACCUGAUCUGGCAAGAUAAAAAGAAUCCUGCGCUCUGAUAAUAUCCAACCAUCUUGACCUCGCGCUUGGUCAAUAACGCAUAUAUAACGCGCAACACGGGAGGCUUACAUUCUUUUUGUUGGUGAAGCGGCUAAAGCAGCGGUAAAACAGGCAACAAAAACGUACAACUUGUUCUGUUAGAUUGCUCCAAAGCGUGUCGAAUAGCCACGUUGCGUGUUUGAUUACCUACGAAUCAAACCUAUCUUGCAACAAAUCAGUUUGUUACAGGUUGCGGAAAAGGGUUGCAGAAAGUAGAGAGAAGUUCUAUUUUGUUGCAACGAAAUCAGUAUAUGUAGCGCGUUUUACCAGCCCAACGCAAACUUGUUUUGCAAUAAGUGACGUAAUUUACUUGUAUGGCUCGACUCCCGCUUAAUUUUACCCAGUUAGAAGUCAGUAUUCACGCAACUUGUAACAAGCUCAUUUGUUGCAAAACAGGUUUGAACGUUGGUGGUAAAACGCGCAACAUCGCUUUUCAAGUCGUUUGGUAGCAAUGCUGCAAAACAUGUCGGACGUUUUUGUUGCCCGAUUUACCCUAGCUUUAGAGUUUUUUUACUGGAUAGGACGACAGUCAGUCACAGGGUUACCCCUUGUCUUUGUUUGCAACCACGUGACGAGACGGCCAUGUUGGUUUUCCUUUUCGAAGAAUUUACAUAAAAAUGGGUUUUAUUUCCCAGAGAGAGAAAUGCUUUGUCCUUGACCACCAACAUGGCGCCCGUGACGUCACCUGCAAACCAGCAAUAAGACUUACAACCUCAGUGUGUUUGGCUAUUUUAAGGUUGCGCGCGAGACUGGGUCUGUGUUGUUCCGAAUUCCACCAUGGAACUGUUUAAGGACACUAUCGCUUCUUUCAUUGGCUAAUCACAAAUUUGUGCAGGGAACUGGGUCAAAAUUCGUCCCUCAAAACAGUCCCAUAGUGCAAUUCAACGCAACACACACCCAAUCUGCCGCGCAACCUUAAAAAAGCCUGUUGGAUAUGAGACUUAAAACUCCUUUUUUCCUUUUUACUUGUAGAUAUAUUCGGCAUAAGUGACCACGACCUAAUGUACUCCCAGGAAGAAGUAGACGCAGCAGAUGAGUUAAGCAGUGGUGCUGAUGAUGAUGCUAUACAAGCCAGAGUUAGUGAAUGAUUGGUGUCUUUGGAGCCAAUGCUGUACAUACUAUGGCUGUGGGGGGAGGGGAAGGGUUACCUUAAGGAAUUAUUAGUGGGGGUUUGCUACCUGGUUCUCCAAAUAUUAUCCCUAUUUCAGGCCAAAUCAUGCCAUGUUACGUGAACGGCCCCGGUUAUGUAAUGGCCCCGGCCAGUUGCCUUAGAACCUAACGUGUGAAGUUGAAAUACUGAAAGAGUUUGACUGGCGUUUGAGGUUACGUCUUAAGUAUGUCUUAAGUUAAAUGUCCCACUUACAGACCCUUUUGUUGCUUAAAAAUUCUUAGAAAAUGUUCGAACAAGUUGCUGCAUCUGUACGAUGUUGAUUUUGGUUACGUCGUAUGUGUAAACUAGGCCUUAACAAAUUCUGCUUUUUCCUUAAAAGACGAUGUUACACGCGACGAUUUGUGACGACAAUUUUCAGCGCAACAGAGCGUUGCAACAUUGUUACCAUAUUGUUUCGGAUUGUUUCAACAUUGCUGCCCAAAAGUCGCCUCGUGUAACAUCACCUUAGUAAUGAUACACUUCCACCUUCCCUUUUCCUGCCUUGUCGCAUUCUCCCUGGAUCAAAUUUUCCAGAUUCAAGAUUUCGAGCCGUAAAAUAGUUUAUCCAACCCCAGGAUAAUUUUUUUUCAAUCACAUGCCCUCGACUUAUAAAGAACAGUAGAGGGUAUCUUUGACUUCUCAAUCUGACCACCCUUUUGGCUUGUUUUAUUUUAUUGCACAGGUUCUUCGUGCCCAGAAUUUGAUGGCAGCUGAAGCGAGGCUUUCAGGACAAAUCCGGCCUGGGAACUCAAAUCCCCCUUCCGGUAUUCACCCAGGGGAAAUGGCUUUACCCCAGGGGUUGCGCCAUUCACUACCUGCUAAUGAAGAUAAUAUGAGCGCAAGGCAGAAGAUUCAAGCAAAAAUCGACAGUGAAAGAUUCAUUGUUCCCAAGCAACAAGACACCAAGCGAUUUCAACCAAGACAAGUGCUUAAGGUUAGAAUUGGGCAUUUAAUGAGCUAAUACGAAAAGAAGUGUUAGUAGUUAACAGUAUCUUCCUUAUAUACUAAGGAUCUAAUGCUUUAAUAGAACGUUUUCAAUUACGUGGCCAGCAUCUAUGUAAAUUUAUCGGAACAAAAGAAAACGUUUGCAUAAGAAAAGAGUUUUAAACUGCCUCAGGAUUUGUUUAGGAAACCAACAUGGCCAUUUCAUUGUUUUGGGACACCAAGAUGGCCGCCGUGACGUCAUGUGAAAACACGCUAUACUCCGUUAUGAAAAUUUGUGUUUAUGGUUGAUGGGAGGGGUACAAGCGGCACUGAAUUGGACUGUUUACACUUACUCUUUAGACUCCAGCGAAUCCUAUUGUUUCCAACCCCGCAGUGGUAGACUUGUGUUCGCCAAGUCCUGUGAAAAACUCCACCCUUCCGUCCCCUGUGGAAAAUGACCAGGGCUUGGAUACAGACAAGGAGGAGGAACUAGAGAAGACGCCUUUGUUUGGACAAAAGCACAUUUCCUUGGACUUGUGCACUCCAGAUCAUAAGCAGUUCUCCCCUCACAAGUCCCCUGUGGAAGAUAAUCACCUACCAUCACUCACAGAUGUCAUAACACGAGAACAGACGCCUCAGAGGGGAGAUGUUGUGCGAGGUUCUCCACACCAGUCUCCCGAUGACAUAAGCCAUUUGUUACUUAAAGAUCUUUUAGAUCAAGAGGAACAGACCCAGGGGGAGGGUCUGGAGGAAGAGUUUAAUUCCCUUCGUAUUGAAAAUGACAGCAUGAACUCGGUGAAGGACAAUUCGUCGAGGAGUGAAAGUUCUCUUUCUGACACUUCCCUCGAAAAACAAACGUGAGUGAUAAGUAUUUUGUCUCUGUUGGAAAGGGUUAUAGUCUGCCAACUUCCGUUAUUGCAGACAUCCCCAGGGUUUUUUUUGAUAAAGCAGCUUAAGACUAAGUGCGAGGGAAUUUUCUGAAACUGUUUUCUUUGUUAUAAAGGAAUUCCCCCGGCUUUAUUUGUUUCCCAUACUCGUUAACCCGCUGCCAGUUGUACAGUUAGCCUUGAUUAACGAGUGUAAACUGUAAACGGAACGCAGCGUAUUUACGUAUAUGUUUGUACACUUUUAGAGUUUCCAACACUGCAAUCACUGUUAUAACUUCCCCAGAACUAAAAUUGCUCGCUACCUUGUCACGAUUAUUUUAUUCAGGAAGUGAAUGACUCACUAUUGGAACAAGCUGUCUUUCAUUUUUCGUGCUCUUUUUCUUUCUUUUCCAGACUUGAAGAGUCUAGUCAGUUGUCAGACGAUAGUACUUCAAAUGCUCUGCCCGAAGCAGAUCUAUGUCCCACAGGCGAACAUGUUUCUGACAACAUCAAGAUACAGAGGUGCGCUUGUCUAGUCAGCAGUGAAGAGCAAGAAACAUAUGACGCCUACAUUAACGGUGGAAGGUUUGUCUUGUUGACAUUUUCUUUCAAAUGCAUGUGACAUAUAUAAGAGAUUUAGAAUCGCUUUUACGACAAACGUUAAACAUUGGAUUGAAGAAACUAAUUUCUCGAAAGUAACUUUUAUGGAUGAACCUGACAUGAAACUAUCAUUUUUGUGUACAGUUAUAGACUACGAGUGGUCCCCAUUUUUCCUCAGGGUUAGUAGAGCGAGCGAAACGCGAGCGCGCGUGAAAAUCAUUCCACGCUAGAAAGGCGAGACGGGUGAUUUUCACGCGGGCUCGCGUUUCGCUCGCUCUGUUAUCUCUGAGGAAAAAUGGGGACUACUCGUAGUCUAGUACAUUUUAAGGAACGGUAAGCUAUAAAUUAAGGGAAAACUUGGUGACUUGAUACAAUUUGUUAAUUGCCUUUCCCCAUAAAUGUCUGUGUCGCGGUCUGUGUGGUUUGUAUUAAGGAGACGUAUCUUGUCUUUUAUUUAGAAAGUGGUCCUAUAACCACUCAGAUGGUUUUAGUUUGCCCGCAAAUGUACUACUUUAUUUUAUAUAAGAAACUUAAGGGGAAGCGUGUGCUUGAGCGAAGAGUGUGACAACUUUGCAAAUCCCCUCCUUCCCCCACUUCUUGCAUUCUUUUACUCAUAAAAUACCCUGAUCAUGACACAAUUUAUUUUGCAGAGGACUUGAGCAUGAAGGAAAGAAGAAGGAAGCCCUUUCACACUAUUUGAAUGCCUUGGAGUUACAAAACAGCGAUCUAAAGUUGCACUUGAAGGUUUUGGAGCUUGCGCAAGGAUUCAGUAAUACAAAUCACUAAACUCUACGAAAUUCCUCUUGUCUUCUAGUUGAUAUUAUAUUAAUUAAUAUAUCAAUAAAUAAUAGCAAAUGAUCAAUAAGUAAAAGGCUCUGUGAGCUCUACGAUAGAGGUCAGAUUCAGAGAAACUACCCACCUGCCUCUCCCCUAAUCCAACAGUUUGCCCUAGGUAACAAGUUAGUGUUUAUGUUGGAUUUGGGGGAGGGGUAGGUGGGUAAUUUCCAAGAAUCCUAUACUGAUUCAAUUUUUUCCCUUAGUUUACAUCAUUUAUAUAAAUCAAAUAUUGAUAAAUAAUGGCAAAUGGUUACAAAGAGGAUAUUUUCACGCAGGGUGAAGCCUAUGUUUCGGUUAUGUUGGCAGUUUUCCUUCCAGUUUACCGGGAUCAAGACCUCAACCAUGUUCUCAAGUGAAUGGUUGUCAAGCACAACGGUUUCCUUGGUAACGAGGCGUGACUACGUCAAUCAUCGGUC